AGUGGGACAGGGCCGCUGAUAAAAGGAGGGUAGAACCCAGAGAGCUGGUUGCCUGGGCUGGAGUGUCACCAGGCCAGCACCAUGGCGAGGUCCGCGGCCUGGGCAGGUUUGAUGGUCCUGCUGGUGAUCCAAUGGGGCUCUGCUGCGAAGCUGGUCUGCUACUUCACCAACUGGGCCCAGUACAGACAGGGGCCCGCUCGCUUCCUGCCCAAGGACGUGAAUCGCAGUCUGUGCACCCACCUCAUCUACGCCUUUGCCGGCAUGAACAAUCACCAGCUCAGCUCCAUCGAGUGGAAUGACAAGACGCUCUACCAGGAGUUCAAUGGCCUGAGGAAGAUGAAUCCGCAGCUGAAGACUCUGCUGGCCAUCGGGGGCUGGAACUUCGGCACUCAGAAGUUCACAGAUAUGGUGGCCACAGCCGAAAACCGUCAGACCUUCAUCAACUCGGCCAUCAAGUUUCUGCGCAAGUAUGACUUUGACGGCCUUGACCUGGACUGGGAGUACCCGGGGAGCCGGGGCAGCCCCCCUUCGGACAAGCAGCGCUUCACAGCCCUGGUGCAGGAGCUGACCAACGCCUUCCAGCAGGAAGCCCAGGCCUCGGGGAAGGAGCGCCUCCUUCUGAGCGCGGCCGUCCCGGCGGGGCGGGCCUACGUGGAUGCCGGCUACGAGGUGGACAGAAUUGCCCAGAACCUGGAUUUCAUCAGCCUUAUGGCCUACGACUUCCAUGGCUCCUGGGAGAGGACCACAGGACACAACAGCCCCCUCUACAGGAGGCAGGGAGAGAGCGGGGCAGCGGCUGAGCUCAACGUGGACUUUGCAGUGCAGCACUGGCUGCAGAAGGGGACCCCCGCCAACAAACUGAUCCUGGGCAUGCCCACCUACGGGCGCUCCUUCAGCCUGGCCUCCUCAUCAGACACUGGCGUGGGGGCCCCAGUCACGGGGCCUGGAACCCCUGGCCCCUUCACCAGGGAGGGCGGGCUGCUGGCUUACUAUGAGGUCUGCUCCUGGAAGGGGGCCACUGAGCACAGAAUCGAGGACCAGAAGGUGCCCUACGCUGUCCAGGGUGACCACUGGGUGGGUUUUGAUGACGUGGAGAGCUUCAAAACCAAGGUCAGCUACCUGAAGCAGAAGGGACUGGGCGGGGCCAUGGUCUGGGCGCUGGACAUGGACGACUUCUCUGGCUCCUUCUGUAACCAGGGCCAAUACCCACUCAUCAAGACCCUGCAGCUGGAGCUGAGUCUUCCACAUAGACCGCUGGGCCCUCCAGAGCAUGAAGUGCCUGCGCCGGGCCAGCCCUCUGAACCCAAGGGUGGCCCCAGCCUUGGACAAGACACCUUCUGCCAGGGCAGAGCUGAUGGGCUCUACCCCAACCCUCGGGACGGCUCCAGCUACUACAACUGUGCAGGGGGGAGGCUGUUCCAGCAAAGCUGCCCCAGGGGCCUGGUGUUCAGCUCUUCCUGCAAAUGCUGCAGCUGGAGUUGAGCCCCCAGGGCCCCCGCAGCCUGAGGUCUCGCCACAACCUGCCUCCCCAGCUCUCCCCGGGGGUCCUGCAGGCCUCUCUCUGGUCCCUCCACUUCGGAGCUUUCUGCUCUCAGCCUUGGAUGCCUUUUGUUCUGGUCCUCUUGGGCUGCCUCUUUUAUCUGCAAAAUAAAUCUCUGGCUCGC